AUGACGUCCAUCACGCUCAAGACGCCGCACUCUGGCGAGUACGAGCAGCCCACUGGACUCUUCAUCAACAAUGAGUUCGUGAAGGGUGUCGACGGCAAGACCUUCGAGGUCAUCAACCCCACCGACGAGAGCGUCAUCUGCUCCAUCCACGAGGCCACCGAGAAGGAUGUCGACCUCGCCGUUUCCGCCGCCCGCAAGGCUUUUGAAGGUCCCUGGAGAAAGGAGACUCCCGAGAACCGUGGAAGGUUACUUGUGAAGCUCGCAGAUCUCUUCGAGAAGCACUCCGAUACGCUCGCCGCGGUCGAGUCGCUGGACAAUGGCAAGGCUAUCAGCAUGGCCAAGGGCGAUGUCGCUGCCUCUGCAGGUUGCUUGAGGUACUACGGUGGUUGGGCCGACAAGAUUGAGGGCAAGGUCGUCGACACCACGCCCGACACCUUCAACUAUAUUAAGAAGGAGCCUAUUGGUGUUUGCGGUCAGAUUAUCCCCUGGAACUUCCCUCUGCUCAUGUGGUCAUGGAAGAUCGGCCCUGCCGUCGCUGCCGGUAACACAGUCGUCCUCAAAACCGCUGAGCAGACCCCGCUCUCUGCUCUGGUUGCCGCCAAGCUCAUCAAGGAGGCUGGCUUCCCUCCAGGUGUUAUCAACAUCAUCUCCGGUUUCGGAAAGAUCGCAGGUGCCGCCAUCGCAUCGCACAUGGAUGUCGACAAGGUUGCUUUCACUGGUUCAACCGUUGUUGGCCGACAGAUCAUGAAGGCUGCCGCUGGCUCCAACUUGAAGAAGGUCACCCUUGAGCUUGGAGGCAAGAGCCCCAACAUUGUCUUUGAGGAUGCAGACAUUGACAACGCCAUCUCAUGGGUCAACUUCGGUAUCUACUUCAACCACGGCCAAUGCUGCUGUGCGGGUUCGCGUGUCUACGUCCAGGAAUCUAUCUACGACAAGUUCAUCGAGCAGUUCAAGGCUCGUGCGGAAAAGAACGCUGUCGGCGACCCAUUCCACGAACAGACUUUCCAGGGCCCCCAGGUGUCCAAAUUGCAGUUUGACCGCAUCAUGGGCUACAUUGAGGACGGCAAGAAGGCCGGUGCAAAGAUCGAGACCGGUGGCAAGCGUAUUGGUGACAAGGGCUACUUCAUUGAGCCUACCAUCUUCUCCAACGUUACCGAGGACAUGAAGAUCGUACAAGAGGAGAUUUUCGGUCCCGUCUGCACCAUCUCCAAGUUCAAGACCAAGGAGGAGGCCGUCAAGAUUGGCAACAACACCACCUACGGUCUCGCCGCAGCCGUCCACACCAGCAACCUCAACACUGCUAUCGAGGUCUCAAACGCACUCCGCGCAGGGACCGUGUGGGUCAACACAUACAAUACACUUCAUUGGCAAUUGCCCUUUGGAGGUUUUAAGGAAUCCGGGAUUGGCCGUGAGCUAGGCGAGGCUGCUCUUGAGAACUACACGCAGACUAAGACGGUGUCUAUCCGUCUGGGCGAUGCACUGUUCGGUUAG